GAGAGCGCUCAGAUAUUGAGGCAGAGCAGCACAAUGAUUGAAUUCAGAUGGACUGGAAUGUCUUUAUUUCUGAUCGUGGUGCUUCAGUUUACUGGAGCUCUGAGCAGACAGCUUGACCUCUCCUCCAUUGUCAGAGAGGGAGAUGAAGCCACUUUGUCUUGUGAGAAUGUUGUUGAUGAUCAUCAUGACUGUAACACAACCACCUGGAUCUUUGCUAAAUCAAAAAUGCUUUUCGCAGUAGAGCUGGUUGAUCUUGGACAAAUUAAGAAUGAGGUCAAUAUAGACAGACUGAGUCUUACAGCAAACUGUUCUCUGGUAAUAAAGAAAGUUAAAACUGAGAAUGUUGGUCGUUACACCUGCAGACAGAUUAUAUCAGGGAAACAACAAGGUGAAGAUGCUAAUGUUGAUCUGUCUGUUGUUACUGUGACUGAACACAAAGACACUGAUAUAGCGACUUUAAACUGCUCUGUGGGGACAGAUGAACCAUGUGGACACACAGUGAAGUGGGUUUUUAUGGGUGAAACUGUGGAUAAAGAUCACCCAAACAUAAAGACAUCACAGUCUUCCUGCUCUGCUACUGUGAGCUUUCUGAGUGAUGUUUGGGGAUCACCAAUACUAUAUCAUAACUGGUUUAAAUGUAGUGUAUCUACAGAGGAUACCCAAGAGCCACUGAUCUUCAGUGUUCGUCCAUCAGGUGAGGACACAAAAACAACAACAACAACAACUGCAAACAACCGAAAAGGUGAUACAACCAUGACAGGAUCUGCCAUUGGAGACACUACAGCAAAACUACAUGGUCAGUGGAGGAUCAUGGUGGUGACGUUGGGUUUAGCUGCACUAAUAACAACUGCUGUGGCCGUCAACAUCUGGGCAAGAACUAAAGGGAAAACAACACAGACGGGUGAAAACAGGGUGUGUAAUGAUGAAGAUGAUGGACUUUGAUCCUUCAGCUUCUGUUCAACUCCACUGAUCAACAUCUACUUACCAUAUAUUUGGAGGAGCAGUUGGAGGUUUUAUAAGAUUUAUUCAUUUCAGACAUGCUGAUUGAUUGAAUCUCUCUCCUCAGGAGUUUGUACUUCCUCAUUAGUCCCUCAGUUUAUAUACCACUGAUCCACCAUCAGACUGGGUUUGUGCACUUUGCUAGAACUUUCCAGCAUUCAGAGCCUGUGUGUUCUUUAUUUUUGGCCUCAGCAUGUAAAUAUAGAACUUUAUUUAUCCUCAUCUUUCUGCCUCAUUAAUGAACCUGAGUAUCCUCUAAGUGAUUUUCUCCUGCCUGUUCUGCAUUUGGAUCUAACUCCUCUGAGGUGACAUUGUUCAGUUCGACUAUGUUUCUGAUUUCUUUGUGUACUAACAGUGUUUUCUGUUCAUUGUGAAUGGAGGAUAUUUUUCUCUGUGGAUGUCCUGCUUCUGCUGAUGAUAAACCACUUUGUUCUCAUGGGUAUUUCAAUGUGUCUAAAUAAAGAAAUGUGUGUUUGA